UCGGCAGCUCUGUCUCGAGGAGGACUAGCAGGAACACGGCUUAAUUCUGGUAUAAGCCCCGAAGCCAUCCAUGUUGGUCAGUCUGCUUGUCUACUCGACAGAUCAAAACGGGGUGGGAUGCCCGUCAGAAAAGUGUGGAAAGUUACGCUGAUUGUGAUUCUUCAUGCCAAGACCUUUGCCAGUCUCGCACCGUCACGAUCUAGCCCGAUAUACAGUAUAUAUCAUCGUGCAUGUCGUGGAUGGUAACAAGAUGCAAUACUCAAAAGAAGACGGAAGCUAUGUGGACGUUCUCGAUCAGGUUGGUGGCUUGCCUGUCGAUCAACACAGGUCAACAACGCGAAGCUGGAAUUGAAUGGCCGUGCGCGUCGCAAAGGAACGUUGUUGUCUCGGCGGCACAAACUUCUUGGUCUUUUGUACUUUCUCCCAUUCUCUCUAUAUAUCCUUAUAAACUCAGUCUCUCGCCGCUCCUCGCUCCUCAACAACUCACCAUGCUCUUCCUUCACCUUUUCGCCCUCGCCUCCGCCCUGAUCACCCUCGUCCCUCAUGUCGCCGCCCAGACUUGCAACGCCACCAGCCUCUGUUCUGAGAGUGCCCCAUGUUGCUCCGAGUACGGCUUCUGCGGGUCUGAUUCUUUCUGUCUUGGGGGAUGUGAACCUCUUUACUCGUACCAAACAACAUAUUGUCGCCCUGACCCCAUUUGUGUAUCUCAGGAGACAGAUUUCACGGAUCUCAGCAGGGUCAACCAAAACUCUUCGGACUACACUGGAAAUGCCACCGCCUGGGACUGGGUCAACGAUGGCGCCCGCCUCAUCCUGACUCAAGAUAAUGGCGGCACCAAGAUCUCCUCCACUCGAUACAUGCUCUAUGGAACCGUCGACUUUGUGCUCGAGACGAGCAAGUGGGCGGGCGUAGUGACGGCGGCAAUCACCAUGUCGGAUGUCAAGGAUGAGAUUGAUUGGGAGUGGCCGGGGGCGACAACAGACCAGGUUCAGACCAACUACUGGUACUUGGGGGUCGCGAUUUACUCGGCGACGAAAGGAGCAUCGAGCUCUGUUUCAUCCGACACUGCCUCCAACUUCCACACUUACUCCUUCGAAUGGACUGAAGACUACAUCAACUGGAAUAUCGAUGGCUCCACCGUCCGCACCGUUCAGAAGACCGACACCCUCUCAUCCAACGGCUCUGAAUACAAAUUUCCCUCCACCCCCUCCCGCAUCCAAAUCUCCAUCUGGCCCGCCGGUACCUCCGACAACGCCCAAGGCACCAUCGACUGGGCUGGGGGCAUGAUCAACUGGGACAACAGCGACUACGUCUCCAACGGAUACUUCUGGAACACCAUCAAGAGCGUCAAGAUGACUUGCGGACAGGACGAGAUGAGUGUGGGGACGAACGGAACGACUGGAUGGGUUUAUGGGGGUAAUGAGACGGAAGGGGUUCCUGCGGUAACUUUCACGAAUGAGACGACGCUUCUUACCUCGUCGGCCACUCGAUCAUCGGCGAUUGGUCUCGACAAGGCGGGGAUGCUCAGUAUUGUGGUAGGAGCCAUGACCGUCCUCGAUGGGGCAAAUGUCUUCUGAUCAGUCAGGAAAACCUUGCUGUGCUGUCAGGAUCUUGGGUGGAGGGGAAUGCUGAGGGAUUACGAUGAGAUUUUACGAGUCUUGAAUCACGAGUAUACUGUAGAUUGUCAGAGUCAAUAGGAUAUCAUUGAAUCAGACGCUCAGCGUGAUGUAGGGUACUGUAUAGAGCACUGCUGGAGUGUGCUGGAGAGUCCGGCGGCGCAGACGAAAGCCACGAGCGUUGGUUUUGGGGUCGUUUGGCAGACUUAUUCUGAGAUUUUUUGACUCUGAAUGGAGACUCUGCGAGUUGAGGAUAGCUAUGAUAUUGACAUCGAC